AUUAUAAGUAACAAUAAAAAACUCAAAAGGAAAUUGGUUGAUUUAUAUAAUUGGGUAAGCACAGAUUACAAUGUGUGUGUUAAGAGAAGGUAGUUGAUGUGUAUAGAUAGAAGAGGAGAUUGGUAUGAUAGUUGAAGAUGGCGGGAAAUGAUUGGAUAAAUAGUUACCUGGAGGCGAUUCUUGAUUCAGGCCCUGCGAUUGAUGAUGUCAAAUCAUCGCUUCUGUUGAGGGAGAGAGGCAGAUUCAGUCCUACUCGUUACUUCGUUGAUAAUGUCAUCACCAACUUCGAUGAAACUGAUCUCCAUCGCUCCUGGAUUCGAGCUCAAGCAACCAGGAGUCCUCAGGAGAGGAAUACUCGACUCGAAAAUAUGUGUUGGCGGAUUUGGAAUUUGGCUCGCCAGAAGAAACAGCUUGAGGAAAAGCAAGCCCGGAGGAUUACCAGAAGGCGUAUUGAACGUGAAAUAGCCCAUAGAGAAGCAGCUGCUGAUAUGUCCGAAGAUUUCUCAGAAGGCGAAAAAGGAGACGCAGGCAAUGAUUUUUCCCCCGUAGGCGAGAGCAGAAAAAGCCGAUUUUCUAGAAUUAACUCUGUCGAUGCUAUAGAUGCACUAACUAGUCAGCAAAAGGGCAAAAAGCUUUACAUUGUAUUAAUAAGCCUGCAUGGUCUAAUACGAGGGGAAAAUAUGGAGCUCGGCCGCGAUUCUGAUACCGGUGGGCAGGUUAAGUAUGUUGUUGAACUGGCAAGGGCUUUAGGCUCAACACCAGGUGUCUAUCGGGUUGAUUUGUUGACCAGGCAAGUAUCAUCUUCAGAAGUAGAUUGGUCUUAUGCUGAACCGACAGAGAUGCUGCCUCCCAGAGAUUCAGAAGAUUCAAUGAGUGAAAUGGGGGAGAGUAGUGGUGCUUACAUUGUCCGUAUACCAUUUGGCCCAAAAGAUAAAUAUAUUCCGAAAGAACUAUUGUGGCCUCACAUCCCUGAAUUUGUUGAUGUUGCGCUGGGACACAUACUGCAAAUGUCCAAAGUUCUUGGUGAGCAAAUUGGAGACGGUCAUCCUGUCUGGCCUGUUGCCAUCCAUGGGCAUUACGCAGAUGCUGGGGAUUCUGCUGCUCUCCUUUCUGGGGCACUGAACGUACCUAUGCUUUUAACCGGCCACUCACUUGGGCGAGAUAAGUUGGAACAACUUUUAAGACAAGGCCGUUUAUCAAGGGAUGAAAUAAAUUCUACAUACAAAAUAAUGCGUAGGAUAGAAGCAGAAGAGUUAGCCCUUGAUGUCUCCGAAAUAGUAAUAACUAGCACUAGACAGGAGAUUGAGGAGCAAUGGCGCUUGUACGAUGGUUUUGAUCCAAUACUAGAGCGUAAGCUAAGAGCAAGAAUUCAGCGUAAAGUGAGCUGCUAUGGUAGAUUUAUGCCUCGCAUGGCUGUAAUUCCUCCUGGAAUGGAGUUCCAUCAUAUUGCUCCCCUUGAUGGUGAUGUGGAAGGAGUAAUAGAAGGAAGUGAUGAUCAUCCUGCAUCUCCAGAUCCACCUAUUUGGACUGAGAUAAUGCGCUUCUUUACAAAUCCACGGAAGCCUACUAUACUAGCCCUUGCUAGGCCAGAUCCUAAAAAGAACCUCACAACUUUGGUUAAAGCAUUCGGGGAAUGUCGUCCUUUAAGAGAGCUUGCUAAUCUCAUACUGAUAAUGGGUAAUCGUGAAAAUGUGGAUGAAAUGUCAAGUACCAGUGCUUCUGUUCUUCUUUCAAUAUUUAAGCUGAUCGAUAAGUAUGAUCUGUAUGGUCAAGUGGCCUAUCCCAAGCAUCACAAGCAAGCCGAGGUGCCUGAUAUUUACUCUUUGGCAGCAAGGACAAAGGGUGUUUUUAUUAAUCCAGCUUUCAUUGAGCCAUUUGGCCUUACUCUAAUUGAGGCAGCAGCUCAUGGUUUGCCUAUGGUGGCCACAAAAAAUGGAGGUCCAGUUGAUAUUCAUAGGGUACUUGACAACGGUCUUCUUGUUGAUCCCCAUGAUCAGCAGUCUAUUGCUGAUGCUCUAUUAAAAUUGGUAGCAGAUAAGCAGCUUUGGGCAAAAUGUAAACAAAAUGGGUUAAAAAACAUUCACCUCUACUCGUGGCCAGCACAUUGCAAAACUUACUUGUCCCGCAUAGCUAGUUGCAAACCAAGGCACCCACGGUGGCUAAAAGAUGAUUCUGAGGAUGAAAAUUCAGAUUCAAAAAGUGAUUUACUGAGAGAUGAUUCUUUGAGAGAUAUACAGGACAUAUCUUUGAACCUAAAGUUUCCCCUAGAUGUUGAGAAAAAUGGUGGCAGAGAAAGUGUAAUUAAUUCGGUAAAACCGGACCAAAAGAGUAAAAUAGAAAAUGCUGUUUUAACGUGGUCAAAAGGUGGCCUGAAGGGAACACAGAAAAUUGGGGUAACAGAGAAAAUAGAUCAGACUUCUAGUACUGGAAAAUUUCCAACCCUGAGAAGAAGGAAGCAUAUGUUUGUGAUUGCUGUGGAUUCUGAUUCUAUUGCAGAUCUUUUCCGAAGUGUUAAAGAGACUUUUGAAGCUGUAGCAAAGGAAAAGACUGAAGGUUUAAUAGGAUUUAUAUUAGCUACUUCAUUUACAAUGUUGGAAGUUCAAUCUUUUCUGGUUUCGGAGGGUAUAAGACCGAUAGCUUUUGAUGCUUAUAUUUGCAAUAGUGGUAGUGAUCUCUACUAUUCUUCUCCUCAAUCUGAAGAAAAUCCCUUUGUAGUUGAUUUUUACUAUCAUUCACACAUUGAAUACCGUUGGGGCGAAGAAGGAUUGAGGAAGACCUUGGCUCGUUGGGCAGCUUCUAUCACUGACAAGAAGGGUGAAGAUAUAGAAAAUAUGGGUGCAGAAGAUGAAAAUAAUUCAACUGGGUACUGUUAUGCUUUUAAUGUUGGGAAGCCUGAAGUGGUUCCGCCUGUGAAGGAGGUUCGGAAGUUGAUGAGGAUUCAGGGUCUUCGUUGCCAUGUAAUAUAUUGUCAAAACGGAAAAAGAAUCAACGUGAUCCCAGUUCUUGCAUCUCGUGCCCAGGCCCUACGGUAUCUGUAUGUUCGAUGGGGAAUGGACUUGUCAAAGACGACUGUGUUUUUAGGAGAGAGCGGGGACACUGAUUAUGAACAAUUGAUUGGUGGUGUGCACAAAUCUGUAAUAUUAAAGGGAGUUGGAUGUGGUAGUCGCAAACAGCUCCAUGCCAAUAGGAGCUACCCGCUUGCAGACGUGGUGGCCCUUGACAGCCCUAACAUCGUCCAAACAAGUGAAGAAUGCAAAGCUACCAGCAUCCGCACUGCACUAAGGACUCUUGGAGUGCUUAAAUGCUGAGAGUUUGUAUGCAUCCACUUGCCAUUUGCAUAAUUCUAACUUAAUAAUCCCCUCGAGUUUUUAGACCUGAGGGUUGUACACUACAUGUAGCCACCAGAUGGCAACAUGUUUGAACUAAGUUGAUCAUACUUUGAGAAGUUUGUUAGUCAAUACGGAACGGUGGGGAGGAAGCCAUUUGGCACUUGUAUUUUCACUUUUUAUAUAUCUAUAUACUAGAACACAAGUUGAAGCCCUUCUUCUCUGAUGGGCUGUCUAAAACACGCACUUCAUAUUACAGGUGAAUGGUUUUAUAUAUCCUGGAGAUGAGAAAUGUUUUAUA